UGUCUUUUUUUUUCUUUACAGGAUAGCCACACGGCCUGUUCAUUGCAAAUCACUCAAGCUGAUUAAAGAAUGAUGCUCAGAGUUGUGCUAGCAGUGCUGCUGCCUGUAGCAGCUUAUCAGUCCCCUCUGCCCACAGACUGCAGUGACGUCUACAGAGCUGGAUCAGGCCUGGACGGAGUGUACACCAUCUACCCAGCAGGCCCCACCUCCCCUGUACAGGUUUACUGUGACAUGAGCAAUGACGGCACCGACAGUUCUGCAGAAAAGUGGACGGUCAUUCAAAGAAGACAAGAUGGCACAGUGAACUUCUUCAUGAAGUGGGACCACUACAAAACUGGAUUUGGCAGCGCUGCUGGAGAGUACUGGCUGGGCCUGGAGACGAUGCACCUGAUGACACAGUCCAAGAACUAUGAGCUGAGGGUGGACAUGGAAGACUUUGAGGGCCAGAAGGUCUUUGCCCAAUAUUCUUCCUUCUCCGUUAGUACAGAGACGGAGGGAUACAGACUGGACCUGGGAAGUUUCGUCAGGGGAGCAGCAGGAGACUCUUUAGGUCUUCACAAUGGACAAAAAUUCACCACCACUGACAAAGAUCAAGAUACGCAUGGUUCAAACUGCGCCAGGCUAGGCUUUGGGGGAUUCUGGUACGCGGCGUGCUUUGGCGCCAACCCCAACGGGAUCUACACUUGGGGACCUUCACCCCGUGCAGCUGGUGUACAGUGGAACACUUUCAAAGGGCUGGAAUACUCCCUAAAAACCAUGAUAAUGAAGAUCAGACCAGUUGCUGAAUAAAAUAAAGUCACCUCGCUCAGCUUUGUUUACCUGAUGCGUCACAACCGGCAGAAUUAUAACGUCCAAAUGGAAAAAAAUAGAAGGAAACAUCGCUUUGAACCUAAUGACGAGUAUUGUUCUGUGACCGAAGAGCUCCAUACCAAACGCUGACUAAUUGACAGGAUGCAUAAAAUAUUCAACAAAAUGUGUAAAUUCUGCUUUACAAGAAAGCAGUGAACCACAUCCAGUUCACAAAAUGAAAGACAAGGACAUGGAUGGAAAAACAUCCGAUGGAGGAUCAUAUUAAGGUAAAUACAAAAAAAUAUAUAUUGGUAGGGACGAGAAAUUUGAGGCUCUGGUCUUCAAUCUCAUCAACAUCCUCUGCUAUGACGAAGAACUGCAUGCUGACUUUGUAGAGGGUGGAUUAUUUGUGGAGGCAGUGUGGGGUACUACACUCCAUAAUAAUGCUCCCUCAUAGGGUUUCCUCAUUCCUCUGCAGCUGAAACCUCCUCCACAGUUUCAGGUCUGUGCAUUCUGAUGUGAUCCCCCCACGUCCAAAGAUAGAGGAUUUACAGGACUGUCCUCUUUGAAAUGCUGCAAUGUCAGUUUUCUUAAAUACAAUAAAAAAUAAAUACA